CAGAAACCUCCGAGGAUGCCCAAGUGCUCCCGCUGCAGAAACCACGGCUAUGUGUCCCCUCUGAAGGGACACAAACGGUUCUGCAACUGGAGGGACUGCCAGUGUCCAAAAUGCAAGCUUAUAGCUGAGAGGCAGAGGGUAAUGGCAGCCCAGGUCGCCCUGAGAAGGCAGCAGGCCCAGGAAGAGGAGCUUGGGAUUUGUGGUCCGGUAUCUCUGAGCGGUCCCGAGGUGAUGGUGAAGAAUGAGGCUGGGGCAGACUGCUUGUUCUCCCUGGAGGGGCGAGCCCCGACACCUACCAGCACCUCCACUUCUUCUCUUGCCGUCACAGGGAGUCACUCGGGACUGUCCCCCAGCCUGUCAGCUGGAGCCCGCGCUCAUACUGAUGAAUCUUCAGACCUGCUGAUGGAAACUUCCUAUUACAACUUCUACCAGCCUUCACGCUACUCCGCCUACUACGGAAACCUCUACAACUACCAGCAAUACCAGGUGGAUGAUGAUAAUAUAAGGCGGUGCAGCGCUUCCAGACAAGAGAUGGUGCCAGAUAAGGAGAGAGGCCCUCUCAGGGAGAUUCCUCAUGGUGAAGGCCGUCUGUCCAGCCACAACAUGUCCUCUCAGUACCGCAUGCACUCCUACUACCCAGCAGCCACCUACCUGACUCAGGGCCUGGGGUCCUCUACCUGUGUGCCCCCCAUCUUCAGCGUGGAUGACAACAACUGCUCUGAGACUAUGGCAGCCUCCGCCUUCUCACCUGGCAGCGGCCCCGCUGGGCACAACUCCACCCUCCCCUUCAGGUCCAUCAACACCCUGGUUAACUCUGAGGUCAACGAGUGUGAUGUCGGCAGCCAGACACCAAACUUAUCCGUGGACUCCAUCGUUGAUUGUGACACCUCAAAGUAAAAUAAUCUAAGGAUGACAUACCAUGAAAAAAAGGAUUAUGAGAUCAGUUAGGCAAAAAAAGCCUCACCGCUCACUGUUGCUGCAGGUUUCUGUUUCCGUCCAGGAGGUAUAUUCCAUGAGAUUGUUAAGAUCACAAAUAGUUUGUGCGAUUGAGGUUGUUUCUUUUCGUUAAUGUUAUUGUGAAGCCAGUCCAUCAGCACAGAAAGUUAGAAAAAACAAAUAGUUUCAAAAUGUUGUAAUACAACAUGCAAAUAUCUGCCAAGCACACAUUUAGGCUGUUAAGAGGAUUUUUCAUUAUUGUCAAUCAUAAUGCUAUUGAUUAAUUCAAACUAGAAAGUGACUUGUAUGUGUAAACUUGUACAUUAUAGUUUUGUAUUUUUCCCUAAAGAAAUAUAAAAAAGUAAAAUGUCUUGAGUGAUUUUCACAGUUAGUCAUGAAGUGUUUCUAUUUACACAGAUAAGGUACAUAUUAAUGAACUAGCUAUUGACAAUCAGAAUAAAGGCUUUGUGUUUGCUACGAUACAUUGUUCAAGCCAAAACUCUGUACUCAAGCACUUAAAAUUAAAAUAUCUGAUACAAUAAAUUGAUAUUGUUUAUUUUCAAAGACACACAACAGACACUUUUGAUUAGGUUUCCUUGAGUAUUUUUGAAAAAAAGAUUUACCAGUUAAUGUAUUUUAUCCCACACUAUUAAUUACAAAUGCCUUGAUGCCUUUUAUAAAAAGCAUUUAAUUUUCCCAUAUAAACCAAAAGCAAAACAUCUGCAAUACGCUGAACUGCCAGCCUAUAACGACUAGAUAUCUUGACACUCACCACUGUAACAGUAUUAUCAGCAUCAGAUAAUUCUGGAAAACAUGCUAACACUGUGUGCAUAUGUUUUUCCCUCCCUGGUACAUGUUUUCAUUGCAGUAAAGUUUUAGAGCAGAAAACCUCUGAAAGAGAGGGAUGUGGUGCGAUGGGAGAAAACAGGCAGGUUAGACAUGAAUCAUGUUUUCCUCCGUUGCAUUUGCGUGUGAUGAGCCCCGGCUGCUUAUUUAUGGCACCAAUCCAGCGUCAUCGUUUAUUCCUCUGAAUUUGCAUGUCUAUUGUAUAUUUAACCCCUUCAGACCAGGAGCCUUUACUUUGCACACAGGCUACUGUUUACACACUUUGGUACGGCAUGUAGAACAGGCGGAGGACCAAUGACGUGUAAGGCUGCAAUAAUUUGAUUAGUAGAUUCACAACACAUAACAGCCACCAUUUUGAUAAUCACAAAUAAAUGCCUUGUAUUUUAUGGUUUUAGCUUUUAAAACAUUCAAUAUUUGCAGAUUUUUCUUGAGUUGAAUUGAAGUUAAUUGAAUAUGUGUCGGACUGUUCAGAUCUGGGCUGUGUUUGCUUUAAGGUGCCAUGUUAUGCUUUAUUGGGUUUCCCCUUCUCUGUAGUUUAUUGUAUGUGUAAAUGGUCUGCAAACGCUAAAAUCCAAAAUCUCCCCCCCCUGCCUGAAACCAUUCCAUAGGACUCCUUUGUUUACUUUUUUAACAAAGUGACAUCACUACAUCACACUCACGCUUACUGGCUAGCGCUCCAACACAAUGACGUGAUAGACUAAGGGGCAGGAGAUCUCUAAGCGGUUUUCGCUUACCAAUCAGAGCAGACUGUGCUGUGGUGUCCGACAGAGGCUCGAGAUAGAAACACCAAAUAAAGAUAUGAACAUGAGCAGUAGCAUAAUAAGCUUUAUUGACCAAAUAAUCAGAUUGAUGGGUAAUGAAAAUCUUUGUCAGUUGUGUUGCUGUAACAGAUGAAAUACUCAGCGUUUUUUUGUUCGUAAGUUACAAUCUAUCCUAAAAGUACUUUCUUUUACAUAUUGAAAUAAUGUGUUGCGUACUUUUGAGUUCUGUUGUUUUAGUGUUAAUUAAAGAAUAACUCAGAUGAUAUGUUGCCAACUUUCCUGCCUAGGUGAAACCGAGGAGAAAACCACUACACUGCAUAUUGUUGAUGUGUUUUGUGUUUUAUGGACAAUUACUUCCAGCUGCAUGCUUUGAAAGUGUUUAUUUCUGUUUGUGU